AUGCUAAGAGUUUGCGUGGGAAGGUCAUGUGUAAGAGUCACUCUUCCAAGAGUGUGUCCAGUGCUGCUGACAAGAAAAGCGAUGAUUCAUCUAAGCGCCGGGCUAAAUGUAGAGACCAGUAGUAUAGACAAAAGUAACUCAACUAAAAUACACGUCGAUGUAAAUGAGCUACAAAAACAAGCAGAGAUUGAAAAAGCUGCAAUAAAGGAAUUAGAAAAAAAUCCCCAUUACCAAAACCUGGCCGAGGCAUUCAAUAGCCAUGAUCACGUUCAUUUAAGAGAAUCAGAGACAGAACAGAACGACUCUGUUUCAAUGGGUUCGAUACGAGACUACAAAAGCAACCAUAAAGUGGAACAUGCAUAUGAGCCUUCGCCUUCGCCUUCACAUUUGCAUUCACAUUCACAUUCCCAUGGACAUACACAUUCCCAUGCUACGCAUAAUCCAUUAUUGGUACUCAGCACAGAGCAGAUUAGAAAAAACGCAGGUGUAAGGAUCACAUGGGUUGGCUUAGGUGUAAACGUUGGUAUCGCUAUAGGGAAAUUUUUCGGUGGUAUUGUAUUCCAUUCACAAGCAUUGUUCGCAGACGCUAUCCAUGCAAUAAGUGACAUGGUUUCUGAUUUAUUGACUCUACUUUCAGUAGGACUAGCAGCCAACAAACCAACCUCCGACUAUCCAUACGGGUAUGGGAAAAUUGAGACCGUAGGUUCCUUGGCAGUGUCGACAAUAUUGGCCAUGGCUGGCAUAUCAAUUGGUUGGAGUUCUCUGUGCGCGCUUGUUGGACCCGUAAUUCCGCAUACCAUUAUUGAGGCCUUAGGAAGCAUGGGUCAUGCGCAUACCUAUUCCGAAGACAUUAUUGAAGACGUUACUGAUAUCAACGCUGCCUGGAUUGCCGCCGCCUCCAUUGCAGCUAAAGAAUGGAUAUUCAGAGCCACAAGGAAAAUUGCCAUCGAUACUAAUUCAAACGUACUUAUGGCAAAUGCCUGGCAUCAUCGUGUUGAUUCAUUGACUUCUCUUGUUGCUCUGGUGGCAAUCAGCACUGGAUAUUUAGUCAAUAUACAAUCAUUAGACACAAUUGGUGGUUUGAUUGUCUCAGGUUUGAUUAUCAAAGCUGGUGGUGAGGGUAUGUGUAUUGCAAUGAAGGAGUUGAUUGAUCAAUCAGUCUCCCAUGAUGAUCCACGUUAUUUAGAGAUAGAGACAUUAGUCAAAGACACGCUGGGCAAACUGAUCUCUAACAAUAAUUCCAAGAAGCCCUACGGGAUGAAAGAACUGACAUUAUUAUCCUCGGGGCCCAAUCUACGUGGUCAUUUAACUUUGGAAGUCCCUUUGCAAAGAUGGGGAAAUACUUUAGGUAUUAAUGAGUUUGAAAUUGUAUCUCAUCAUUUACGUGAUGUAUUAACUAGUGAUAUAUCAAAUCUAAGAAGGCUAGAUAUUGAAUACGUGGAGGAAAAGGAAAGUGAAGGAAACGAAGAAAGCAAGCAAGUUACAAAAUCACAGGAUUACAGAGAAAUCAUUCUUCCCGAACAUAACCAUGGGCACACUCAUAGUUGA